CAUCAUAAUCAGUGCAUAGCUCACUACUGUUGUUAUUGGAGCCCCAGGGUACAACUCUUCGCCCGACGUCAACAGCUCUGUUUCCGAUAAAAGGUCGCGAUCGUGUUCUUCACCGCCUUCUUCUUCAAACUCUGGCUGUUCACUGUCCAGCUGAGUAUCUGUUCCAACAAAGUCCCAAUCGUCACUGUCAUAUUCCGAGUCGCUGUCCAGAAAACUACUGUCACUUUCCACAUAGCUUAAACUUUCAUCACUAUCUGACAACGAAAAAGACACAUUGCUCGCGAUGUCCGCGUUAAAGCCACUUGAAACAUCAUGAUCCGAGUAAAUGCUGUCGCCGUACUCGGAUUCUUGAACGUUGCUUGGACCAGCGACAGGUGACGCUGUAAUGCCUGUCUCAGUAGCUGGUGUCGCGAACCUUUCCGUAAAGUAUUGGGCUUUCCUCUGUCGUUCAUCUUGCCUUCUUCUUUCCUGCGUACGACUAGGAACGCUAUCCAGGUCCACUUGGUAGCGCAUACAUUUUUCCCGAGGCCCAUCCAUGUCCAAGCGUCUCCUCCAGAUACGCAGACACUGCACUUAAACUGACUGACAGGGUGUCGGCUAGGGAAGUAGUGCGAGUGACGCCUUGAAAAUGUAUAGAAAACAGUCCCUCUGGACUCCGGCACAUGGUUCUCAUUUAGAAGAGGACUGUACUGCGCAAGUACUAAUAGAUCUAUGCGCAAGCGCCAGAAAACUGGCGGGCUUUUGUGGUUAAUUCACAGACAGAAGUUUUUCGCUCCAAUUCGCGACAAUUUUUGCGUUUCGUUUUUCCACGUUUUAAGUUUCGCCGACGUCAUGACCGUGUGGGUUACGGUGUGGUGGCGGAAUGAUAAUCAAGUGACUGCUGUACCUUCGUCGGAUAUUCCGGAAUUCGAUCAAGACAAGGGGGUUGGUGAUGACACCAACGCGCUUUGGAAAGAGCGCGACCCAGAGUCUGGACAAAUGGUGACGAAGCCCUACCCCGUCAGGGUGCUUGCGAUAGGGUCAUUUUCAUCGAUGAUGAAAGCGCAAGUAACUUUUGGAAAGAUCUUUUGCAAAGAGCCAAAGGACAAAGACAGCGACAAAGACAGGGAAGAGGGGCGUUCAAGAAAGCGGACGAUGACCAGACGCAUGAUGGAGUCCCUCUCUUCCGCUUCGCAGGAUGACGGCGUGGAAAGUGAUGAGGCUGUGGCUGCAAAGAAGGCGCCAAAGAGUUCUGCCACACAGAAGGGUAAGAAGACUGGGCAGAAGACUGCUGUCACAGAAAAGAGUGAGGAGAAGGAUGCGGCUGCAUCCGCAGUGGAGGCAGCAGCUGCAGAGACUCAGAGAAAGGUAGCCGCAGAGAGAAAGGCUUCUGCUGAGAAAAAGGCAACUGAGGAGAGGGAGAAGGCAGCAGUAACAGACAUGAUGAACAUGGAAAAAGAUCAGCUUGUCAAGGCUGUAGUGGACUGCUGGCCGUACUUAGAUGGGGUGAAGGAUGGAACCACAGUCAAUGCCAGACAUAAAGAGUAUGAGACAGCAACGUCGUGGCAUGCACGACGCGAUAUGGACUAUGGAAUGAUGAACACGAUUGACAUUGUAACCGAUGACCAGGCGAUGAUCAUAGCAGACCUGAUGAUAGAAAGAUAUGGCUUUAAGGAAUUUGACUACAUCUGGAAGGUGCUCCUUCCAGAGUUCCUUGUGCACCAUCAUGCUACUUUAAAAGGAAUCAGUCAUAAGGAAGCAGAAAUCAACUUGCGAACAGGAAAGGCGAAGAAACCUCGAGGGAAAGCAGCAAGCAACAGUGGCGCUGAGACCAUCUCUGCUGCCAAAAGACGGAAGGAGAAGGCUCUCCAAGCGGAAGAGAGGGCUGAGACAGUUGAAAUCCUGGGCCAACUUGCCAACGACACUGAGGAGGAAGCCCCCAAUGGGGAUAAUGACCCGGAUGAUGAGGAUAUCAACAGCGGCUCGGAGGAGGAACCCCCCAGUGAGGAUACUCACCCGGCAGACAGCCAGGGCUUGCGCGCUCAGAAUGUCAACAGCGGCUCGGAGCAAGAGCAGAGCAGAGUGAUCACUCCGAGGCAACAGAAGAAAGUCUUGGUAACCACCGCAACCCAGACCGACCACACUCAACAGAAAGAGUUCGAAGCUGCAGUGGAAGGGGUGGUUAAGAAACACAUGGCGGAGGUGAAUACCAGGUUGGCCGCAAUAGAGGUGACAAUGCAAGCCUUCGUACAGAGAAAGACCGAUAAGGCAAGAAGGAGGUUAUCAGAAGUCCAGCAGGCCGGGUCCAGCAGGGAUUCCCCUUUCCCGGAGGCUGUGGGGGCAGCCAUGAGAAGCCUAACUGGCUACUACGGCCUUCAAACUUUUCCCUCUCCACCUCCACAAUCCCCUUUCAUCCCCUCGCCACAUCCAUCAUCCACUAUCACCUCUUUACUCCCACCAUCCACCAUCACCUCUCCACCUCCAUCGUCCACCAUCACCUCUCCACCUGCAUCGUCCACCAUCACCUCUCCACCUGCCGCGUCGUCCACCAUCACCUCUCCACCUGCCGCGUCGUCCACCAUCACCUCUGCACCGCCGGCUCAAAACAAUGGCUCUCAGCAGUCCACCCAAAUGGUGUCUGUCGGAAACCCUGCCCGUGGGGUAGCUGUGACGUCCGCCCAGAUGGCCAAAGCCUGGGGCACAAGCUCGACCACCAAUACGGCCAGGGCCAGGGCAAUGGCCGGUUUCCUGUUCAGCACCUCCGAGAUGACAAACAACUCUGUCAACGGCGACGCAGAAAAAGGAUGGGGGAAACUCGAUCAAAACAGGGUGGAAGCCAUCAUUGAGUGGACCACCGAAGUGGCGACGACCAGCCUAACCCGCCAAGCGCUCAUCUCGGCACUAAACGGCAAAUGCCGCAACGUAAGGAACCCGCCCCCCAAAGCAAAGGCGUCCAAAAGUUCUGAGUAG